CUAGUAUCAGUAGCAUAUAACAGAGUUUAGAGUGAUUUGUAUCACACGUGUACCGUUCUUCUACUGGAUAGGACAGAAUAGCAGGUCCAAGGAAAACUCUUAUCAUGAAAAUUUUUCUGGGAACGGUCCUACUGUUGGCCGCCGCAUCUACAGCUGCUCUUUUGGAUGGCAACGAUGCGAUUGUUGACAAUGCCAAUACUACUAACUAUAGAUUGCCAAAUAAUUCAGUGCCAAUUUCAUAUUCUAUCAAAUUGAUACCGUACAUCAUCGUAGACAAUUUUACAUUCGAUGGAGAAUCUACGAUUAAACUUGAGGUUCUAGAAUCAAGUUCUUCGAUAACUCUUCAUAUACUAAAUCUUACUAUAGACGAGAGUGUAACAUCUUUGGUGUGCAGUGGUAAUAUAAACUACAAAAUAGCCAGUCAUACCUAUGAUACCACAAAACAAUUUUUGAUUUUGAAUUUCGCCACCGUUUUGCCAACCGGAUAUUAUACACUGCAUUUGAAGUAUGUUGGUAUCCUAGACAAUGAAACUUUGAGUGGUUUCUAUAGAAGUUCUUAUACGAACGACAAUGGUGAAACUGUCUGGUUGGCUACCACACAAUUUGAAGCAACUGGUGCACGUCGAGCUUUUCCCUGCUGGGAUGAACCUGCACUCAAAGCUACCUUUACUAUUUCUAUUAAACACGAUGUUAACUACACGGCGUUAUCAAAUAUGCCAGUUGCCAAUCAAUCGGCAAUCGACACGACUGAUAAUAAAGUAUGGACGACUUUCGAAAAAACACCGAUUAUGUCAACAUACUUGGUGGCUUUUGUAGUUUCGGAUUAUGGAUACGUCAGCAACGGGGACCAAAGAUUCAGAGUUUGGUCUCGCAAAAAUGCUCUUCGCGGUGCAAAUUAUGCAUUGACUCGAGGAGAGUCGGAUUUAAAAUAUUUAGAAAAAUACACAUCGAUUCCGUUUGCUUUACCAAAAAUGGAUGAAAUUUCUAUCCCAGAUUUAGUCUUCGGUGCCAUGGAAAACUGGGGUUUGGUUACCUUCAGAGAACCUGAAAUGCUGUACGAAGACGGCGUAAAUACAACAUUUACAAAACAAAAUGUUGCAAAAAUUAUUUCUCAUGAAUUUACUCAUCAAUGGUUUGGAAAUCUUGUCAGUCCAUCCUGGUGGAAAUAUAUUUGGCUGAAUGAAGCCUUCGCGGGUUAUUUUGAAUUUUACAUCACGGACCAGGUGGAAGACAAUUGGCGCUUAAUGGAACAAUUUAUAGUUCGAAUUCUACAAGAAAGUGCCUUUAUAAUUGAUUCCUCCGAAACCGCCCAUCCGUUGAAUCAGGAUGCAUCGACUCCAGAAGAAAUUGAUGCACUGUUUGAUUUCAUUACCUAUGACAAAGGGGCUUCUGUGAUCCAUAUGAUAUCCAAUAUCCUGACUCCCCCCGUCUUUCGCGCUGGUCUCACCAGAUACUUAAAGAAUAAUGCCUAUGGGGCAGUCACGCCCGAUGACCUGUGGAGCGCAUUACAAGAGGUAUCUGACGAAUCUGAAAUUCUGCCGCCUGAGAUUUGCCUUAAAAAGGUGAUGGACACUUGGGUCGACCAGCCUGGAUUUCCACUGAUCACUGUCACCAGGGAUUACACAACCGGAACAGCUAAUAUCAGUCAGGAACGAUAUUUUCAAUCUGGUGCUAGUGGUGACGGUACCAGAUGGUGGGUUCCUAUCAGUUACACAACUCAGUCUGAUCUAGAUUUUUCAGCAACAUCACCUCGCGAGUGGAUCCCUCAAGCGAAAGAUAAUAUAGUCCUAAGCGGAUUUAAGCCAACUGAUUGGACCAUGUUCAACAUAAAAGAAUCAGGUUACUAUCGUGUCAACUAUGAUGAAACAAAUUGGAAACUAAUAGCUAAUUAUUUGGACAGUGACAAUUAUGUAAACAUUGACCCCGUCAAUCGUGCGCAACUCAUCGAUGAUUCUUUUAACUUGGCGGUUGCCAAUCGUAUUAGCUUUUCUACAUUUUUGGAUAUUUCGGUUUAUAUUCGUCGUGAUGUCGAUUACAUUCCCUGGUAUCCGAUGUUGACUGCUAAUACUUUUUUAUUCGAAAAAUUAGAAAAUACCAGAAGCUUCUCGUUAUUCAAGAGAUUUUUUUUGGAAAGUUUUGAAAAAUCUAUCGUUACUCUGGGAUAUGACCAGCACAUGGACGAUGACCAUCUUAUAAAGUAUCACAGAUCAAAUAUGUUUUCGCGUGCAUGCACUCAGGGCAGUGAAGAAUGCAGAUCUAACGCAACUGCGAAGCUGGUUGCAUAUUUGAAAGAUCCAAUUGCAAACCCUAUAUCGCCGGAUUUGAUAGAUACGGUAUUUUGCGGUGGACUUAACAAUGCAAAUGCAACUGUCUGGAACAUGGUUUUAGAUCUUUACGCAAAGAGCCCCUCUCUCACCAUAAUUAAUUAUCUUGGUUGUUCCGAAAACAAAGAAAUCUUGACGAACUACAUGUCACUGGCAACAACAGAAAAUUCAACGAUACUCAAGGAGCAUGCACCUGAUGCGUUCACGUCCCUUUAUUACAACAGCGCUGAGAAUGUAAACUUCGCCUUGGACUACCUCAUCGACAAUUUCGACAAAUUAUAUGCAUUCUGGGACGCACCAUCCGAUAUGAUGAUUAAGAAUAUUCCUAUAUACAGCAGCAUACUGACAACAAGAGAACAACUCACGAAGUUGAAAGCUUUAAUCGAAAAGCAUAGUGAUGUACUAGGAUCUAUUGCAAGCACUGCAAUAGCCAAUACAGAAGCUAAUGUCAAAUGGACUGAUACUUAUGAACCACUCUUCUACGAUUGGUUUAAUAAUUUCUAUAAGGUGUAAGACGAAGAAACUACUUACACUGCCACUGUUAACGCUGACCAGCCCCAACACUCCAGCUAGUAAAGGCCAAGAGUCACCAUGAUUGUAACCGAUACUAGACAAACAUGCAUUACGCAGUAGCAUAAUGCAUCUAACGAUGCAGUUGUCAGUAUUCGAUGCAAUAAUUCCAUGAAAAAACUAACCGUCGAACGAAGGAGUCUCUGACGAACCCUCUUACGGAACAGUUAUCCCUCUGGACUCUGAAAAUUACUGGGUUCACGCAAUUUCCAGAAAUUAUCUAUAGAUAUCGGUCCAGUACCAAAGAUUGAGCGUUGGCAAAAGACUGGCUAUUAAUUGCACUGAAUACUUCCAUUUCUAUAAAAUGUGUGAAAUAAAAUGUGUAUGCAGAAUAA